AUGUCAGAGUACAUUGUUAUCUAUACUGCCAUUCUAUCACGACUCGCUGUCUUGAUCCUCGGAGUCGUCUCUCUACACGUCCAUAUUCCAUAUUUACAAUCUUCAACCAUUGCCUUUGACACAUCAGCCCAUAUCGAUCCGUGCCAAAACAUAACGUCAUAUCUUGAUACUCCAUUGGAAUGCGCUUUCAAGCUGAUGGCAUCUGCCUUUUAUCGAUGGGACGCGUUGCAUUUCGUCAACAUUGCAAGGCAUGGUUAUGGAUUUGAGAAGAGCUUUGCCUUCUUUCCUGCACUGCCAAUGACUCUUAGAUUGUUUGGAAUUGAUGACGAACUGACAACCAUUGUCACUGGAUUGAUUGUGACAAACAUCUGCUUUGUACUGGCGGCCUUAUCGCUUUACAGACUCUCGUUACGAGUAUUGAAGGAUCCCAAAAUAGCUACAAUAUCUGCUUUACUCUUUUGCAUUGGGCCCGGAGGACCAUUCAUGUCAUCCAUAUAUACAGAGAGCCCAUUCGCCAUGCUCUCGUUUGGCGGAAUGCUGGCCUUCUCGAACCAAAAGCCGAUUGUGGCAUCGGUGCUUUGGGGUAUGGCUGCAACCUUCCGCUCCAAUGGAGUCUUGCUCAGCGGUUUCUUACUAUAUGGUCUGUUACUGGACUUUCGGACUCGUAAAUUGGCCUUAACAAAGGUCCUCACGUCCUUGAUCGGCAUAACUAUUGUGGUUUCGAGUAUGGCUGCAUCGCAAUAUUGUGGAUAUCGAGCCUUCUGUCAAGAUGUUGAUGCGGACUCGCUGCCACCAUGGUGUAAUAAUACUCUGCCAAUGAUUUAUUCAUUCGUGCAGCAAAAGUAUUGGGACGUCGGCUUGUUUAAAUACUACAAGCCAUCCCAAAUACCAAACUUUAUAGUCGCUGCUCCUAUAUUGGCAAUGACUAUACACGCUGCUUGGAUUUACGCAUCAUCAAAUCCGGACACAUUCUGGUCUCUUGGUCUAGUCCUGUCUCGUACUGGAUAUGGAUUUAGCUCUUCACCAGUCUUGCCGUACCUGUAUUUAUGGCUUGCACAAGCACUCGUGUGUGGAUUGAUGCUACAUGUACAGAUUAUGGGACGCUUCUUGUCGAGUAUGCCAGCUCUAUAUUGGUAUGUAGCACAUGUGUUUGUGAAUGGACAGAGUAAGAGUCAGAGAAUAAUGGUCGAGUAUCUGUUACUAUAUCUAGUGGUGGGCACAUUGUUGUUUUGUAAUUUCUUGCCACCUGCAUGA